GCACGUUUCAUCCUGAAAAAAAUAAACGGUGAAAUUCAAAUAGAAAAUAAACGAAAAGCGGUGAUUGUGGAACAGUUGGUGAGUAUGGGAUUCGAUCCGGAUCCAGUCAAGAAAUGGAAAGAAUUGCAAAAGAAGAAGGAAAUGGAGGCAACCGGUGAAAUUAUCACUGAGGAGGGAAGCGAUGGCGAGAAUGAAGAGAACGAAGGUGAAGAGGAUGAGCACAAUCGAAAGGAACCCAAGAACGCACAACAAAAAGAUUUGGAAAGUAAACUGAGCGAUUAUGACUAUUUGGUUGGUAUGGCAAUCGUAAGAUUAUCAUCUGAAGAGAAGGACAAAUUGUUACGUGAAAGCGGUGACAAGCUGGAAGAACUGAAGGUGCAGCAAUCUAUUUUUAUUAGUGUUUAA